GUAGCUGCAGCCCCACAGAACAGAGCUGGAUAGAAAGCACCGCUGUAUGGUAGGAGGGAGCUGCUCCACAUUGUUCCUCCGCACUGAUUCAACCGCCCAGGAAUCCCACCGCUCCCCGGGGCGCGACUCUCUCUUCCGCCCGGCCGCACCAUGAUGAAGUUUAGGUUCCGUCGGCAGGGCAACGACCCACAGAGAGAGAAAAUUAAACAGGAGUUGUUCGCCUUCAACAAGACAGUGGAACAUGGGUUCCCCCACCAGCCCAGUGCUUUGGCCUUUGACCCCCAGCUGCAGCUCAUGGCCAUCGGGACCAAGUCUGGAGCCAUCAAGAUUUAUGGCGCUCCAGGGGUGGAGUUUACAGGACUACACAGAGACACUGCAGUCGUAGCACAGAUACACUUCCUCCAAGGACAGGGCCGUCUGUUGUCGCUGCUUGAUGACAACACGCUGCACCUGUGGGAGCUGGGCAGAGCUUCCCGGGACAGGGGCGGGGCUAAGAGAGAAGGCGUGGUCUACCUGGAAGAAAAACACAACUACAGUCUCCUGGGACGACCUGGACUAGAGAGCUGCAGUGCGAGCCGUGUGACGGUGCUGCUGCUGUUGAGGUCAUGUGACCUGCUGUGUGUCGGCACCGAGGGAGGGGGCAUACACUUCCUGGAUCUGCCACGCCUCUCGCUGAGGGACAACCAAUCACUGCUGCUGGACCAGGUGAUGCAGAGCGUACCUGAGGACUACAGGUGUGGGAAGUCUCUGGGACCGGUGGAGUCGUUACAGGAACACCCCCAGCAGCCAGGGAAGAUUCUGAUUGGCUACAGCAGAGGCCUUGAGUCCUAUGGGAUCUCAGCACCCUGCAACGCAGAACACAUGUUCCUGGGAAAACAGCAGCUGGAGUCCCUGGUGUGGGAACGUUCCGGAAGCUCCUUCCUCAGUUCCCAUAGUGACGGGGGGUACAGCGUGUGGGCUGUUGCCAGUGGUAACCCCUACACACACCAGCCCGUGUCCUCGUCCAUCCCAUACGGUCCAUUCCCUUGUAAAGCCAUCAACAAGAUCUUAUGGAGGACCGUCCAGUCCGGGUGUCCAAUAGUCCUCUACAGUGGAGGAAUGCCCAGGGCCAGUUAUGGAGACCGUCACUGUGUGACCAUCCAACAGGACAAACAACACGUCACACUAGACUUCACAUCCAGAGUGAUAGACUUCUUCACUGUCCACACCGCUGACCUGGAGCACGACUAUGACGAUCCUACAGCCCUGGUGGUUCUACUGGAGGAAGAGCUGGUUGUGAUAGACCUCCUGACCACCGGGUGGCCCUCUGUCCCUCCUCCCUACCUGGCCCCGCUCCACUCCUCCGCCAUCACCACAUCCUGUCACCUGGACAACGUCCCCGCCAAGCUCUGGGACCGCCUGGCCGCCGCCGGCAAGAGCCAGGUCACGCAACAGGCACACAGAGUGAGACACGCACACGGGAGUUGGCCGAUAUGUGGAGGGGAGAAUCUAGCGCCCCCGCCCAGACAACAGGAGCUGCUGCUAACAGGGCAUGAGGACGGUACCGUGCGGUUCUGGGAUGUGUCUGGUGUGGCCCUGACUCCUGUCUACAAGCUCAGCACGGCUAACGUCUUCCAUACCGACUGUUACCCUAACGACGACCUCCUGGACCCUGUCAACGACCCCGAAGCACUGCAGGAGGAGGAGUGGCCUCCCUUCAGGAAGGUGGGUUGUUUUGAUCCGUAUAGUGAUGAUCCUCGUCUGGGGAUCCAGAAGAUCAGUCUCUGUAAACACAGCUGCAGACUGGUGGUGGCUGGGACCGCUGGACAGGUGAUCAUGCUGGGUCUGAGUGAUGAGCGGUCGGACCACACGGUCGAUGUCUCCACGGUCGACCUGCUUCAGGACCGAGAGGGGUUCACCUGGAAGGGCCAUGAUAGGCUGGAGCCCCGAGCCAGCCCUGCCCCCUUCCCUCCAGGCUUCCAGCCAUUGGUCCUGGUGCAGGCCCUACCCCCAGCCUCUGUUACCGCGGUGAUGCUGCAUGCGGAGUGGAACCUCGUAGCGUUUGGGACGAGUCACGGCUUCGGACUGUUUGACUACCACAGACGCACUGCUGUCCUGGCAAGGUGUACUCUGCACCCUAACGACUCCCUAGCGAUGGAGGGUCCUCUCAGCAGAGUGAAGAGUCUGAAGAAGUCUCUCAGACAGAGCUUCAGACGCAUCCGGAAGAGUAGAGUGUCUGGGAAGAAACGCCCCUUCACCACCCCUACCAGCAAGGUCCAGGAGGCCAACGCAGCGCUAGCCGACCAGGAGGAAGUAGCUCCGGUCCAGAGGCGGAUCGAGCCGAGAUCAGCUGACGACUCUCUGUCAGGAGUGGUGCGAUGUCUCUGUUUGCUGAUACAUACCUUAGAGACGGUACACACCACGGGCGACGCUGUGGGCGGGGACUAA